AUUUGGGCAUUGUUCAAUGUUUCUCUCAAGAUCACGAUGUUCUAGGGAAUUUUUGAAUAAAGAAACUAAUGUCAUUAUGUCAGUAAGUUAUAUGUAUCUUGUAUCUGUUAUUGUUUUCACUAAAUUUCGAUGGAUUCAAUGUGAUUUAAAUUUUCAACAAACGCCAUUAAGUGAUGUGGUGAAAGAGAACAACGCUCAUACAUUUACGUGUAUCGUCAGUGGUAUGCAGAAUGAGCAGCAACUGAUUUGGUUAAAAGAUGGAAAGAAAAUAAUAAAAACUGACGAAGAUUUGGCUAGAUGGACGGUUGGAAAUACUGGGAAUAUCACUAUGUUUGUUAUAAAUAGAGUUGCUCGAAAUGACAAAGGAGCUUACACUUGCGCGGUGGUGUCUAAACUAUCUGGUCAGAUCUACAAACGUUCCCGGGAAGCAAUAUUAACUGUUAACUCGCUUCCUAAGCCACAGUAUCCGAUUUGCUCUGUUUCUGAUAUUAAUGUUGAGGCAGAAUCAACAAUCACACUAUCAUGCACUUCAGAAAAUAUAGAACCAGAAGUAAAUUUGAAGUUCAUGCAACAAUCGAAGUUUCUCGGAGGAAAAAUGAUAGUACAAGAUGAUGACGAUCUUGUAAUUCUUCAGCUUGAAUUAAAAGUUUCUAAAAAAAAUGACAGAGACACUAUAAUAUGCCAACAAUCAUCAAGCCUGUUACCAAAUGAUUUUUCCACUUGUUCGGUUGGUCCAUUAAAUGUACGUUAUAUACCCGAAGUCAUCAUUCAACAUACAAAUCCUGUAUUACCUGGUCGUGAAACAAUUGUGUUUUGUCAAACGACGGCCAAUCCACUAGUUACGAACCACAGAUGGACGUUUAUUCCUACUAUUCCAGAAAACGAUUAUAUAACUGAUGAAACGGGACAAAUAUUGAAGUUAUUGAGACCAACUAUAAAACAAAACGGGACUCGUAUUACAUGUACUGCUGCUAAUAAUAUUGGUGAACAAACUUCGUCUGUAACAAUGAUUGUUGCAUAUCAAGCAAUAUCAUCAAACAAUGACGAUGUAGCAGAAAAAACAGAGAAUGGAGAGAAAUAUCAAACGAGAAAUAGGGGAAUAAGUUUAUCAUUGGAUGUUGUAAUAAUCAUCGCUUCUGGUGUUGUUCUUAUAGUAGUUUUAAUCGUAUUGGUCCCUAUUUACCAUUACUGUUUGUGUCGUAACAAUGAUACUGCGACCUUAAAUGCAUCAGGAGAAGCAGUAACUCAACCAGAAGUAUAUUAUGAAUCUAGAGAUGGAGUGAUUUUAAGACAUACGAUACAAGAUCGUUCGUUGCCUCGUGUACCUACUACAGAAGUGUUUGGUCAUUGGAGACAUUCAACGGCUUCACAAGUUCCUAAUGAUCUUGAGUCACAUAGUUACACCUAUAUAGAUACUGAGAAUGAGUAACAACAUUUUGCAAAAACUCACAAUUCUGACACUAAAAUUCAUUCAAUGUUAAUUGUUCCUUUAAAUAAAAUAUACAUAGUUUUGUCUUAUUUUUAAUAUAUAUAUUUAUAUAUAUAUCUUAAGAAUACCACAAUAAUUUUCAACC